AAUUCUUUGAACCACCGUGGCAUUGUGGGUAGGCGGAAAAGGCUCCAAAAGGUACGCGAAGAAAGCGACAAGCGCACGUUGCUUAGUCGGUAAGAAGAAACAACAAACGAUACCAGUUUCCAAGAAAAGAUAAAGGAACACAGCUGAAACAUGUCCAUCGGCGUCCCAAUCAAAGUCCUGCACGAGGCAGAGGGACACAUUGUGACCUGUGAGACCAACACUGGAGAGGUGUACAGGGGCAAGCUGAUCGAGGCUGAGGACAACAUGAACUGCCAGAUGUCCAACAUAACAGUGACUUAUCGCGAUGGUCGUGUGGCACAGUUGGAGCAGGUCUACAUCCGUGGCAGCAAGAUUCGUUUCCUGAUCUUACCGGACAUGUUAAAGAACGCUCCCAUGUUAAAGAGUAUGAAGAACAAGAACCAGGGAUCUGGCGCAGGAAGGGGCAAGGCCGCUAUUCUCAAAGCACAAGUGGCUGCGAGGGGUCGGGGCCGUGGUGGAAUGGGAAGAGGCAACAUCUUCCAGAAGAGGCGAUAAUUGCUCCAGCUGUGUCCAGAUUGUUGCAUUGUAUAGUCUUUUGUUUCUUUUUUAAUUUUGUUGUCUUUGGAUUGGAUCUCUUUGAUAUAUUUGCAAUCCUGUGCUUUGCAAUUUAGUGACUUACUUUCAUUUUUUAUGGAAAUAAACAUAUUUCAAUUUGA